CGCUGUGGGCGUGGGGAAGACGCUAGUUGCAAUCUGGGAUUCUGCGCUACCAGCUCUUUCUGGAAGUCUGUCCUGAGAGGAGGGAAUGACCAAGUUCCAGGAACCAGUAACAUUUGAGGACUUCUCUGUGGACUUCACUGGAGGGGAGUGGAGUCACCUAGCUGUUACUCAGCUACCGAGGCAACUGCACGGAGCUGGGAUGCUGGAGAGCUACUGCCAGUUGGUCUCCGUGGAAUGAGUGUCCUGAGAGUUCCUCUCACAUAAGAUUGUACAACUACUGCCUGAGUGCUUCAAAUGGAUAUGGUUAUAUUUAUAAGAGACACCUCUAAUGGCUGGGCUUGGAAUGGAUAUAAUAAGAAUCCUGAUGGUAGAUGUAUACUCUUUUUUUGUGGGUGCCUUUUCAGACAAGAGACUUGAAUGAAAAUUCUGUGAAGACUCUUCAAGAGAAAGUGUUUAGGGAUCUACUACAUAAAGAGCUUUCCUGCUGGUUGAUUUGAAGAGAUGACCAGUACAAUAACUGGAGAGUCUUCAAGAAGUGUACAGAAAUCUUGAACUAGAUAUUUUGGGGAUAAGCAUCUUCUCACAGUUCCUGAAAUACAAGCAGUGUUUUGACCCUUCAAAGUGAUGAUUUCAAAAACAUGGAAAGUGAAGAAUAUUUGUCUUUGAAAGUUCCAAGCCAAAUGGCCACACUGGAAUCCUCAGUGACAUUUUAUAAGAAUGAGCCCCAAGAUUCUCAGAAGAGCAAAAGUCUGUUUGUAAAUAGAGAAAGCACUAAGAGAAAAGUGUUAGGAGGAAAAAGCCCUCCUCCCAUAGACCAUUGUUCAGAGACCCUUCAUGUUAAACUUGUGUCUGAUGUAAUAGAACUGGCCUCGCCAUUGUUCAGUGGGGAAGUAAUUUGCCAGAAUAACCUAUUGAAAGAAUCCUUGGAUCCUUUAGAUGGCAACUGUGAUAACAUUUGUGGUUGGGAAUCCCAAGUGGUCAGUGAUCAGAGAGCUCAUGCAGAGGAGCAUCCCUGUAACCAUUAUGACUCUGGCAAAACACCUAAAAUCAGCACAGAGAGUCCUCCAUGUAAGAAUAUCCACAUUGCAGAGAAACAAUACCAAUGCAGUUGGUAUGGUAAGGACUACAGUGAGAGCUCAGAACCACUACUUCAUCAGAGAGACCACACAGAAGAAAAGCCCUACAAAUGUGAACAGUGUGGGAAGAGUUUUGCAAGGAGCUCAAGUCUCCUCAUCCAUCAAGCAAUCCACACUGAUGAGAAACCUUAUAAGUGUGACAAGUGUGAGAAGGGCUUCACAAGGAGUUCAAGUCUGCUCAUCCAUCACGCAAUCCAUACAGGCGAGAAACCUUAUAAAUGUGACAAGUGUGGGAAGGGCUUUAGUCAGGGCUCCAAACUGCAUAUCCACCAGCGAGUACACACGGGUGAGAAGCCCUAUCAGUGUGGGGAGUGUGGAAUGAGCUUCAGUCAGCGCUCUAACCUGUAUAUCCAUCAGCGAGUCCACACAGGAGAAAGGCCCUACAAAUGUGGAGAGUGUGGGAAGGGUUUCAGUCAAAGUUCAAACCUUCACAUUCAUCAUUGCAUACACACAGGGGAGAAGCCUUACCAGUGCUAUGAGUGUGGGAAGGGUUUCAGCCAGAGCUCAGAUCUCCGCAUCCAUCUCAGAGUCCACACUGGGGAGAAGCCAUAUCACUGUGGCAAGUGUGGGAAGGGAUUUAGCCAGAGUUCCAAACUCCUCAUCCACCAAAGAGUACAUACCGGAGAAAAGCCCUAUGAGUGCAGCAAGUGUGGGAAGGGCUUCAGCCAGAGCUCCAACCUCCACAUUCACCAGCGGGUUCACAGGAAAGAUCCCUGUUAAAGAACUCUUUAAUUACAUAGUCACAUUCUAAAGACUUAAGUAUUUUUAACAUCACUCUUCCCUAUAUAUUCUAUGAAGGAGAGAGACAAUAAGUUAUUAAAAUAUGUUAUUAAGAUGUUCCCUCACUGAAAAGGAAUCAUUCACUUAAAGUAUAUAAGUGCCAAGAACUUUUGUUAUGCUGUACAAUGAACUGCUUUUUCUAGUUCCUUAGACAGGUAGAGUGAAAAGAUCUGUACUCUACAGUUCAACCAGUGUUAUUGGAACUAUAUUCCCUACCCAGCAUUUACAAAGCAAGAACUUUACAUUUUAUCUAAGCAUAACAUGUUUUCCUUUGUUCACAAUCUCUGAGAAAAUGGAACACUGAUUUCUCUUCAAAAUAUGUGCCUUGUGUUUUUCACAUUUCUUUCCAGCCCUAAGUAGCCCCAAAUAAACUAUAAUUUCAUAAUAUGUUGGUUUUAA